AUGGCAAAGACUGCGCCGACUGGCGGAGAGCCACCAGAAAACGAUGAGGCGACGGCGACGGCUCCUACGCCUAAGGCGAAGGAGUCGAAAGUGAAAAAGACGCCGAAGGCUCGGAGCGAGGCCGAGAGCCUCCAAGGCACCGUGCAGGCGCAGGGCAAGCAGCUGACGGCGCAGGCUGAGCAGCUGGAGGCCCAGAGCCAACAGCUCUCAGCACAGGCCGAGUUUUUGUCCCGACAAGAUCUCCGCAUUCAGCAGCUGGAGCAGCGCUUGGAGCGAUUACUGGAGCAAGGUGCUCGUACCGCCGUCGCGGAGGUCAUGGAAGAUGUUCAGGCGAAUGACGUGGUUGAGGUGAAGCUUGUUGCCGCACCGCAGGCCGAUGAGGAGGACGAGGUACACGAUGGUGUAGCUCUGUACGAGUUUGACCAGUCGAUAUGGGAUGCUGCUCUCCUCCUCUUCUUCAACAAUGCUACGACGCCGGUGGACAGGGUGGUCUUGAUAUUGGGCUUUCUCCUGAACUUGGCUUUGCAAAUAGUCCUGCUGCUUACGGUCACGUUGAUUCUGCUGGAGAACCCGUACACGCAUCAGACCGUCAAAGAAAUGCUGACGUGGCGGGUUGGAGCGCACACGAGCGCCAAUUUCGAUGACACUGCCGGCACGAGCCUCUCGAGGCGACUCUGCAACCAGGAGCUCUGGUCCUACGAGCAAGCAGAGUUCAAGCUGAUGUAUGACUAUCUGUACCAGGUCGUUCCAGGUUAUAUCUUGAGCUCUCUGGCCAUCAUCAUGUGGAUCCUCACUGUGAUGGUCGAGUUCCGGCGGUGUACAGAGCAGGCACUUGCAGUCAUCCACCUCCCUGCAAUCUCUCCCCGGGAGUCGGGGGCUGUCCACCACCGCGACGGGAGGAUAGCCAUAAGAGGCAUACAGCCCACGAAGCGAUGUCUGGCGCUGGUCACACUUAGCCUCCCGCGCAUCGCGGUGAUGCUUUGGAUGGCAUUGUUCGGCUGCCAAUACCUGGCACAGACGGUCAGCCUUGAGAAUAUUGUGCUGAAUGCUGUGGGCCUGGCCUUCAUCAUGGACGUGGAUGAGCUAAUCGCGCACGUGCUCCUGACGGAACAGCUGCGAUCUAUGCUCCCUCGAAUUGUACCGAUGCGAUGUGGAGAGUCUUCCGGGAAGUCUGUAUCCGUUUGCCCUCCUGUGAAAGACCUGACGCGCUACGUCGUCACCGCUGGCUUGAUCAUCUUGGCGUUCAACAUCUGGCUUGUCCCCUUUGACGCGAACGGCGAGGACUUCAGCUUUGAAGGCGGUGUGGCGGAGAAUGCCCCGAUCAUUCUUCAGCCGGCCUCCUUCGGGCAAGAUGCCUGGGUCACGGACUGUGGAGGAACGACGACCAACGGCACGAUCCAAGACGACUACUUACAGCGCUACUACGGGGUGCGAUACAACGCCAGCGUGAAGAACAGAAUCAAGAGCGCGACUGGGGAUGAUUAUCAGAAGCUGCGCAUGAAGAAUGUGCUGCAAUUUGCUUACGCCAAUUCUCCUGACUUCGGUGCAUCGCACAACUGCGGGUCGGAUUCGGUUCUCGGACCUCAAGACAAAGACUCGAAGGCACGAGCGUGUGUGAAGCUUCCACCGAGCCUUAGCGCAGCCUUACAAGCUGAGAACGUCACGCACAAGAGCGUCCCAGAGAACUGUCCCCGCUUCAAUGCCACGGAUGGAUGCGUCAGCCUCACGAACCCUGAGGCUUGCUUGUGGACUUGGCUGGCUAAGAAAUGCGACGGCUCACCAUCCGGUGAGAUUCAAUGGCAAGCCUGUGACAGCCAAUCAGACGUGAACACGAAGUGUGAUACCUGGGAGUACGUCUUCAAAAAGGAUCACCCUGAGAUCAAUUGCAUCGCUAGAUACCAUUGUACUUCCCCGAACUUCAACUGCCUGGCUCUGCGAGCGCAGUAUCUUGUGAAACCCUCGAGCUGGAACACCUUCUCGGCAGACAAUUCGGCCUUUGUGAACGCCUUUCGGUACAUAAUGGUGGAUUGGAGUGGCAUAGACCAGUCGCAUGUGACCGUGCACAUGAGCGAAGCGGGUUCCAGCCAUCCGAGCAGGACGGCCUUGGCGACGCUGUGCCUACGCAACAUGCCUUUGGAGUACAAGCCCGAACCAAACGUGACAGGCGCCAGCCAGCUCCUGGCGGCCAUUCGACAGAGUGACCUCUACAACCAGAGCAAUGGCAUUGAGAGCCUCACCGUCUUGUCGGACGAGCUAGAGUACCUGAGCACCACCGAUUUGAACAAUCAGCCAUGGAAGUGUGAUCCCUCUUGGGCUGCGGACUGA